AUGGCUUCAUCUGCAAAGAGCAUAGUGCCGGCUGCCGACCUUCAGUCAUUUACUGAAUAUUUAAGAGGGUGCAAACGCAUCGUCGCUCUUCUUGGAGCUGGAAUCUCUGCAUCAUCAGGCUUACCCACCUUUCGUGGCGCAGGCGGACUCUGGCGUUCCCACGAUGCAACCUCCCUCGCGACUCCAGAAGCUUUCGAUGAGACUCCUGGUCUCGUCUGGCAAUUCUACAGCUACCGGGGCGACAUGGCUUUGCAAGCCGAUCCCAACAAAGCACAUUACGCCUUAGCAGAGCUAGCGCGAAGGAACGAAGACUUCAUCACACUGAGUCAAAAUGUUGACGGCCUCUCUCAGCGAGCCAACCAUCCCGUGAAGCAGCUGCAUCUUCUCCACGGCACUCUGUUCAAUGUCAAAUGCACCAAUUUCUAUUGCAACUACACCGAAGACAACUAUACAGAUCCCAUCGUUCCCGCUCUCGAAAUUCCCAAAAAGAGUUCAGGUCUUAACCCCUCUGCGACCGACAAGACUGGCGAGCAAGCAUCGAAAGCGAUCGGAGAAGCGCUAGACGAUACGAGUACCGAGGUUGAUAUCUCCGAUGCGAACAAUCCUAUCGCCACAGUAGCCAGAGAGGACCUACCUCAAUGCCCGAAAUGCGAGGAUGGCUUGCUCCGACCGGGAGUCGUGUGGUUUGGAGAACCCUUGCCGGAGAAGACGAUCCGUGCUGUUGAUAAGUGGAUCGCAGCGGGUCCGGUCGAUCUGUGUUUGGUCAUUGGUACCAGUGCGAAGGUUUUUCCGGCUGCAGGGUAUGUCCACGAGGCUCGUUCGCAGGGCGCCCGGGUUGCGGUCUGUAAUAUGGAUCCCAACGAUACACCGGGGCAGCUUCAUUACGGUGAUUGGUUCUUCCAAGGAGACGCGGGUGUUAUUGUCCCCGAGAUACUCAAGAGUGUUACUGGCGAGAUCUGA